AUCACAAUAGCACGUUAAACCGUAGCAAACUAUCCGGUCCUUGUAGGACCGACAUGAUGAAGAAAUGGGCGUCGCUGGGGAGCAACUUGGCCCGGGGAAAAAUAAAUACAAAAUGGGAAGGGGGGUGAAAAUGUAUACUGACCUACUUCCACUGUUCGUGGUAUAUCAGUUCCUUAGUGAUGAAUGCUCCCCCCCCCCAGAUAUCUGGCAAUGCCUAUGAUUGGGUACAUCAUCAGCCGUGAACCCGAGAAUUCUCCAAAGAAAAUCCAUGAAUCCCUCCCAUCCUCGAUUAACUUAUCGUGAACAAAUUCCCCCUAGAUAAUUUGGGCAUGUGCUUUAUCUUGUGACGUAAGACCAAAUUAUUUUAGAAUCACUUCAGUCCACACAAUGUCUUUUCAGUCAUUUGGAAAAGCAGAUAGAAAAGUAUAUGAAUUCUGUACCCAGUUAGGCGUAAUUCACAAGGUCCAAACCCCUUUCCUAAAUUCAAACUUGUUUAUCUUCCCCGCCGUCCUAAUAUUAAAAUCAGUUGUAAAUAUUCAUGAUGUACUCAACAAAAUGAAAGAUUGCAAUUGGCCAAAAUGGACAGUCGGGCGUAUCCUUUGUUGCUCAGUCUAGUCAAACUUUUGCAUUGAUCAAUACGCUUCUCUGCUGAACCGAACGUUAUUGUUGACAGUACUGCGUUGUUAUUUUGAUCCCUGUCCUGUUAUCAUGCAUGCUCUUGACAUGUUAAAAUACCUCAGCGAUAAUGUGAAUGGAUCUAAAAUUCUCCGGCUCCUAACAUAUAUUCGUUCCAAAUGGCACAUUUUUAUAUCAACCGAACAUUAUUUGCAUGUCGCGUGUACGCGCGACUGCAGUCAAUGCGUGCAACAGCGCGAGAGGGUACUCCGUAUUGCUCAAUUGUGAGUACCCCUCCCUGCAUAAUGAUUGGUUUGGCGCGUUGGUUGCUUUGCCCUGCCGUGCCCUAUCCAAUGCCUUGUGCGUGCGUUGUGUGUAGCGUAGCACUGGUUUUGAAUAUAUCCCAGCAGUGCAUAAAUACAUGGGUCGUCUGCAUGCUGGCUGGCUGCACGGUGGUGGUGGUGUGUUAGGGGAUCGCAGUUGACGCGUCAUGUUAAUAGCGCCAAAUCGGUUUGUUCAAGUUGGGUUACUGGCGAUAUAACCCAAUCCAGUGCCCAAACCCCUACCAGUGGCUGGGGCAGCCCGCGUGCAUUGAUUUCCCCCUUCACCACGAACCUAGCAGUGUGCUCACUUGGCUUGGCCGGUGCAUGUGCAGGUAGUGGACAUUCGCCCGUUGCGCUUGGGGAGGAAAUUUGCCGGAGAUUUGGACCGUGUCUCUUGUUAGCAUCUGAGGUUGUAUUGUGUGUGGUGAGUAACGACGGGCUUUUCGGUGAGCUUUUUUUUUUAUACUUCGGGUGAGAGCCUCAGCGUACGUGCCACCGAUUCACGCUGCCACACAGCCAGGUUUUAUCGGCUACCAACAAACAACUGACUCGACACGAGGAGAACUGGGACUGCCGGGAGAGUCAGACUAUGGAGCAGACGGGAGCAGCGAUGAUGGGCCGGAGGAUUGAGCUGGAGUGCCGGGGAAACAGUCCCGAAACGGUCAAAGAAUUGAACUUGGACAACUGUCGGAGCGACAAGGGGGCAAUUGAAGGUCUCAGUGAGAGGUUUGAUUCUCUGGAAGUGUUAAGCCUCAUCAACACAGGUCUUACAACCUUGAAGAACUUCCCUGCACUCCCUAAUCUCAGAAAGCUUGAGUUGAGUGAGAACAGAAUAUCGUCGGGUCUGGGGGUCCUGGCUAAUUGUCCCAAAUUAACACACUUAACACUGAGCAAUAAUAAAAUCAAAGACUUGGAAGCGUUAGAGCCCCUGAAAAAGCUAGAAAACCUCCAGGCAAUCGACCUCUACCAUUGUGACGUCACAAACAUUGAGAACUACAGGGAAAAGGUGUUUGAGUUACUUCCGCAGUUGAAGUAUUUAGAUGGUCUGGACAGAUACGACAAGGAAGAGAAUGAUUCUGAGGAGGAUGAACUAGACGACGACGUCUCGGGGGAAGAUAGCGGAUCAGAGAACGACGAGGAAGAUGAGGAUGAAGGUGAUGUUGGAAGCGAUGUGGUCGUGGAGGAUGACUCUGACGAGGAUUCAGAUGAAGAUGAUGAUGCAAACGUGGACGUCAGCGACGAUGAUGAUGACGACGACGAUGACGACGAUGACGACGACGAUGAAGAAGACGAAGACGAAGAUGAAGAAGAUGAGGAUGGAACGGGAGGCAAAGUGGAUGACGGAGCCAGUGACAGCGGCUCAGAACCAGGGCUUGAAUACCUUCAGAAGUCAGACUUAGUGGAUGACGAUGAUGAAGAGGAUGAUUUCAAUCCUGACGGGGAAGUGGACGAAGAUGAGGACCUCGAUGACGAAGAGGAAGAUGGUGUGGAAGCUGAGGUUGAGCAACGGGGACAGAAGCGGAAACGAGACCCCAAUGAGGAGGAUGAGGAUGAUGACUGAAACUAAUUGUUUCCAUAGCAACGGUGACUGUUUUGUUGAAUUCUUUUAUUUUUUUUCCCCUUGGAGAUUGCUUACUUGGACUUGUACAAAGACAGAAUUUAAAAAUCAAGGUAAUUGUUGAGUGACUACCAUUUUUUACGAAUUGAAAAUGUGCUUACCCACCGGACAAAGGUCUUGCAAGUUCGGCUUGCACCUAGGACAGUAGAAAAAAAAAAUCCACAACUGACAGACGCCACUUUGAAUUUGAGUAAAUGAUGUGUUUGAGAAAGUUGAUCAAUUGUUGGUCGUCUAUUUUAAAGUCUUAUUUAUGUGAUUUGGUUGGUUUUUAUUUCUCUGCUGAUUGUAACCGUUGUCUGGCUUUCUUUCCCCCGUAGCCAAACAGCAGUGAAAAAAAAAAAUCAGCACCUUGGUUGGGCUGGGUAAACAUUUUUAUAUGAGACCAAAGAGAUUGGAACAGUUGGCGUUGUGUAAGGCUUGCAUUUAACGUGACAUCUCCGUGUAAGUAACAUUCAAACGGGUUGUUAUUGUGGAUUAGGGUGGGGAUUUUUUUUUUCCUGAAGUAAUUUUGUUGUACAGUUGAAAUGACUGAUAUAACUUUUCCGUACUAUCCUGAAACUGUGGCUUGACUGUACAUUGUUUCAUAAAUAAAUGGAUAUUGCCUAAGUGGCUUCUUUUGGAAGGGUUGAUGAAGCAGCGUUUCCAAGAGAUUUGUUGAUUUGUCAGAAAUUCAGGCCAGUUACUUCUUCACACCAGAAUCAGUUGGUGAGCAUUUAAUAAGCGCCUUAAAUUCGGCUUGUAUUUGGUGUUCCUUUGUGGGGUUGAUGUAUCAUCUGCACAUUUGUAGCCAGGGUAAAACUAUGUUUUUGAAAAGCCAGGCCUUUUUUUUGUCAGUAGGUACAGCUGAAGUGGCAGGCUUUGUUGCAGUUCCUCUUAGAUUUGCCUUCCUUAGUCAAAGGGUCUGCAGAAGAUUUGGUAUUAUGUAGAAAACGCACCGCCUGAAGGUAUUCUCUGAUCACAGGAAUGCUUGUUUAUUACAGGUGGUUUCACAUCUUAUUUCUGGGGUGGUUUACCCACUUACAGACAUUUCUUUCCAAGGAUCGGUUUAGGUUUCUUCCUUGGAAAUUUCACCAUUACCAAACCUAUUUCAAAACAGGAGAUCUUCCUUUUCAGACUUCAGAGUUGCGUGCCUGUAUAAAAAAACCCAAGAUACUAUUGUAUCAUUUUGUAGAAACUUAGGAAAGUUUGGGAAACAAGCCCAGUACAUGUACCUUGCAGGUGUCAUCAUUUUCUGGUACUAGGAUUAAAAUUGACCUUAACUUUUCAUGGUUUAGGAAAUACCUGGAGAGUAAAGGGAAGGUUUGACCAAUACCAGAACAAGAUUUUCUUGUACAUUUAGGAAGCUUUAUCCCUUCAGAGAAACGGCGGAACAUUAAGCUUGCUGCUGCUCUGACAAAAACUGCCAAAGAUCAGAUUUUCUAUUAGGCCCUUCCGCGGUCAUGGGGGGAAAGGACCAUUUUCUCUGAAACAUUAACUCCAAAGUGCACCCUCCAAAUCUUGGACGCGGGGCUCCAGUCCAGUGCAUCUUACUCGUUCAUUCUUGACGUUGUAUCAAAGAUGGGGCUGUCAGGUAUUUUUCUUUUCUUCAAAGCUGCAGAGUAAAUGCAGGUAAUGGUCGGAAUAUGUGCAGUUUUAUGCAUGCUUUCUAAAUACCCAGAUGAAUCUUCCCAUGUGCUUUUCCUUUUUGCGGGAUCCCAAAGAUAUGCAUUGUUUGAACAGUGCCAGAAAAACCCCAAGCUCCUCCAUUUUUGUAAAUUGUGUAAUUAUGUUAACACUGGUUGCAGUUGGUUUUAACGAUAGUUUAAAAAGUAGUGGGUAGUAUUUUGCAAAUGAAAUUACAAUCAGCCAGUCGAGGUUCUUAAAAAAAGUUGAUUUUUGUAGUUGAGGUUUUUAUUUUCCUGUUGUCCUGGUGACACCAGGAUGUGGGACCACUUCACGCUGUCAAAUGUCAAGUUAUAGUACUUUUUGUUUGAUUGAAUAUGAAUGGUUUUUAAAACUGUUCAAAAUAUAAAUUUGUCAGUGGAGACCAUGGGUUUCUUAGGAAUCAAUUUGAUGCGAGAUCAAAGAUCGUGAUCUGUGAGACUUCGAGUUUUCUAUAAAAAAAACUGCAGCAUUUUUUUUCCUGGAUAGAAGAUAUGCCCACAUAUAAUCCACAACCACGUUUUAUGUUCUGAAGUACAUGUAAUUUGUUUUCAAGGUUUUUUUUUUUAAAUUUGCAUUUGUACAACAUACCAAAAAAAAACUGAAUGAAGGGCAGCAUAACCUAAUGGUACCAAAAUCUUAAAUAUGUUCCGUUUCCUCUGACCUUUCUGAAAAGUGAGAACACAACUAGCCUGGCUUCCAUCACGUCUGUAAUUUCUUGUUUUUACAUCUGAAUGGUGUACCUGUAUGUAGUAUAUCAGCUUUUAAGUCCAAACGUUAUCUGGCGGCCAGGCUUUAUACUGUUGAAAGUUGAUGAAUAUUCACGAUGUACAUUAUUACUAUUGUGACCCUUGGAUGUUAAGCCACUCCCACUUUUCUUGUCAACACAAUAGAUGUUCCUUCUGUUGUAAUAAAUUUUUAAGAAACCCAUGAUUUGGGGUCUUCAAUUUGGUGAAAUAAUGUGUUUUGAGGUAAAGUAGAAUGUAAUAAGUUAGCACAAGUUUGUUUUUCUUUAAAAAUUCAGAAACCACGGCAAAUGGAAGGAUGACCUUAAAACAUACUUUCUCAUUGACAGUUUCCAGAGUUUUUGUCGUAAACUAAAAAUUCUUCCUAUAAUCAACUUUAGAGAACUCCUAAUUUGGUUGAAUGCCAAAUACAUUCAAUAAUUUCAUCAA